AUAAAACGUCAUAUAUGACUUUGACAUUGAGUUGCGUCUAUAAUUUCAAUUUGUCUGUGGAAUUGUUUUGGUUUGCAAUUUCGAGAUUUCAAGAUGCAACCACAGAUCUUAGUGCUGAAGGAGGGGACGGACCAGUCUCAGGGCAAACCACAGCUGGUAUCCAACAUCAACGCCUGCCAGCUGGUGGUGGAUGCUGUGCGCACAACUUUGGGCCCUCGGGGCAUGGACAAGCUGAUUGUGGACCACAACGGCAAGGCGGUCAUAUCCAAUGAUGGUGCCACCAUAAUGAAGCUCUUGGAUAUUGUCCACCCGGCGGCCAAAACUCUUGUGGACAUCGCAAAAUCACAGGAUGCUGAGGUUGGUGAUGGUACCACAUCCGUGGUGAUCUUGGCCGGGGAACUACUGAAGAGACUGAAGCCUUUUAUUGAGGAAGGCGUUCACCCGCGCAUCAUAGUGCGUGCGGUACGCAACGCGGGCCGGCUCGCCGUUGACAAGGUCAAAGAGUUGUCCGUCAGAGUCGAGAGCAAAUCCCCAGAGGAACAGAGGGAGUUGCUACGCAAGUGCGCGGCGACGGCCAUGUCUUCGAAACUGAUUCAUCAGCAAAAAGAUCACUUCUCAAAGAUGGUGGUGGAUGCUGUGUUGUCAUUGGACGCUCCGUUACUGCCCUUGGAUAUGAUUGGAAUCAAGAAGGUGACGGGAGGUGCUUUAGAAGACUCAUUCCUAGUAGCCGGAGUUGCUUUCAAGAAGACCUUCUCAUAUGCUGGGUUUGAGAUGCAGCCGAAGAACUAUGAGAACUGCAAGAUUGCUCUCUUGAAUAUCGAGCUGGAGUUGAAAGCUGAGAGGGAUAAUGCUGAGGUACGAGUGGACAAUGUCAAAGAGUACCAGAAGGUGGUAGACGCAGAGUGGCAGAUUCUGUACGACAAGUUGGCAGCGCUGCACGCCAGUGGUGCCAACGUCGUGCUGAGCAAGCUGCCUAUUGGUGACGUCGCUACACAGUACUUUGCUGAUCGUGACAUGUUCUGCGCGGGCCGUGUGACUGAAGAGGACUUGCGUCGCACGCAGAGGGCGUGCGGGGGCGCCGUACUCAGCUCUGUACGAGACCUUGCGCCCGAGGCCUUGGGACACUGUGCCACGUUCUGCGAGCGACAAGUGGGCGGCGAGCGGUACAACAUAUUCGCGGGAUGCCCCGCAGCCAAAACCUGCACCCUGAUCCUCCGAGGAGGCGCAGAACAGUUCCUUGAGGAAACUGAACGCUCCCUCCACGACGCAAUCAUGAUUGUGCGACGUACCAUCAAGAACGACGCCGUUGUCGCCGGCGGAGGCGCAAUAGACAUGGAACUAUCAAAACACCUGCGCGACCACUCGAAGACUAUCGCGGGCAAGGAGCAGUUGCUGAUAGCGGCGGUCGCGCGAGCGUUCGAGGCGAUCCCGCGACAGCUGUGCGACAACGCGGGCUUCGACGCGACCAACCUGCUCAACAAGCUGCGACAGAAGCAUCACCAAGGCGAGGUGUGGUACGGAGUGGACAUCCAGAAAGAGGACAUAGCGGACAACUUUGUCGCUUGCGUGUGGGAGCCGGCCGUGGUCAAGAUCAACGCCAUAACCGCCGCGUGCGAGGCCGCCGCCCAGAUCCUUUCAAUAGACGAAACCAUCAAAAACGUGAAAAGUGGAGGGGGCGAUAUGCCCGCCCCCGGCCGCGGCAUGGGACGCCCUCGUAUGGGCUAAUAGGCACUGCUUACCUACGCUUAAUCAACACUAACUGUUAUCUACACGCGCCGCGAAACACCACGAACACCGCGAAA